AUGGCGCGGAAGGCUUUAGCGAGCACUUGCUUGCUCCUGGCUAUUUCGACAUCAUGGGUGGGCGUUGCACAGUUGGCACGAGCUGCAGAGGUGGAUUCAGAAAGGCUACAGCACCGCUCGGUGGUACCUCUUCUGACAUGGGCAAAUGCGACGGCAUGGAUUUUGCUUGCGCUUCCCCACAUGGCAAGGCGCAUCAGAGACAAAGUGGAUAUCCCAGGCUCAGGAGCCGUUAUGCUUGACCUCGUGACCACGAAAGCCUUCAAGGCCUCGCAUCCACCACGCUUCUUGUUCAUCGCCCUGACAACCAACUUCUCUUACAUAGGCGCACUGCACUUCUUGCCGGCCUCCCUCAACACGGCGAUUUUCAGCAGCAGUCCCGUCUUCACGCUGUUGCUUCAGACGGUGUUCCUACCCGAGUCAGGUGGACACGGCGACGCAGUUGCCCCCCAAAGAUGGAAGGUGCUGAGCGUUGGCCUGUCGGUGGCCGGGGUCUUGCUCAUAGCAGAGCCCUGGCACGGCUCCGCGAGAGGCUCAGACCUCACCGAGGAGGAGAGGGUGCUGGGUGUUCUGCUCUCCCUUUUCUCCGCUUUGGGUACGGCCAUUUACCAGGUUUACUUCAAACACACCUUCGGUGAUUCGAUGGGUCCAGAUGAGGCUGGAGAUGGGUUCAUCCACCGUGCUGCCAUGGCUUUGCAUUUGAAGCUAUGGGGGUAUGACAACAGGGGAGAUGCUUGA